UGGGCGUCUAUCGUGAGAGCAGGUACAAAGGGAAAAGGUGUCGCAUUUCGUUAUGGACGUUGAUAAUUAGCCGUUGCAAGCGACCGUGCCGUUUUAUUUCCACACGGGUGUUUGUACUAUCACAAUGAAGCUGUUUAGUCUGAGCAUCAUGUACAAAGGUGACUCCAAACCCAGGCUUCUUACAGCAGCCUAUGACUUGUCCUCAUUCAGCUAUUUUCAAAGAUCCAGCAUACAAGAGUUCAUGGCAUUCACCGGUAGCCUCAUAGUUGAGCGUUCUGUGUUUGGAAAUCGAUCCUCAAUUAAAGAGAAAGACUAUAUGUGUCAUGUGCACAUACGUGACGAUGGUCUUUGUGCUGUGCUCAUAGCAGACAGCGAGUACCCAGAGCGAGUGUGUUUCUCUCUCCUCGACAAGGUGUUGGAUGAGUUCUCCAGACAGGUGGAUGACCGCGAGUGGACGACUGGAACUCCGGAGAGCAUCCGCUUCACUCUGCUCGAUGAGUACAUCAGCAAAUACCAGAACCCCAGAGAAGCGGACGCACUAACUAGACUUCAGGCAGAAGUCGAUGAGACAAAGAUCAUUUUGCACAACACCAUGGAUUCAUUACUGCAGAGAGGGGAAAAGCUAGAUGACCUGGUGCAGAAGUCAGAGGAUCUGGGACAAACAUCCAAAACCUUUUACAAAACCGCUCGGAAACACAACAGUUGCUGCAAGAUGAUGUGAUUUGUCUCAAAGAUCAACUGAGGAUGUUUUUGCAUCAACACAUCCAUGAAUGCAUUUCUAUAGUCAGGUUUGUUUGUUUUGUGUCUUUAAUCAGUGUUAGAAAUGAUUUCUUUCACUCUGGUAAAGCCAGAAAAUCUGUAAGUUUGCAUAGGUCCAUUUGCACUCACUGGCAUUGCACAGAGUCCGUUUUGGGAAGCCUCUUUUGGAGCGCUAAGAGAAGCAUGCUCCUCUGAGAUCUGGAAACGUUUAAUGUUAUUUUUGAAUGUGGAUGACACUGGCAGCAGUGCAGAUUAUUUGAUGUGUACAUCAAAUAAUCAGAAAAUUACAAGCAGAAAAUUCGCAGGAAGUUCCUGAAAAGCUGCUAUAUGGGUGGGAGUAAGCAGUUUCAUUGUGUGUGUGUUUGUGUUUGUGUGGGGGGGGGGCUAGAUGAUUGGUUAAUGUACAAUCAAUUUGUGCCUAGUGGGAGAAAUCGAGACAUUAGAUGUGUAUAGUUUAAAAAAUCGAAUCUUUAUUGUUUUCAGUUUCAUUUGCUCUUGGUUUUGUUCUCCUCCUCUUUUGCCUUGGGUUGUUUGUCUUUUUGUCCCUUUGCCUGCUUGCGGAGAGGAAUGUUUUUGUUUACACUAGUGUAAGUAAACCGUAGCUUCUGUUUACAGUGCUGCUAAAGGGUUACUGACAUUGUUUGACCAUGCAGGAGAGUGAUCCGGGUUACUGAAAUGUAUGUGUUGUUUUUCCCCUUGUUUUCAGUUCCCUUUUUCCUAAGUGAUGGGUUAAUGGUGUUAAGUGCACACCCUCCUGCAACCAUCUUUGUUCCAGUUUUGUUGUAACGCUCAGUUGGCGUGUUGGUCAUAACUGUUUACAAACGAUACAACUUGCAACCGAAAACUGAUUAAAGAGA